AUGGUGACACGUGUAGAGGAGGAUUUUCUCCAGCGGGGGGCUGGCUAUGGGGAGAAGAACAGAGGCGGGGUGAGGCUGUGCUGGUUUGUUGAUUUUCGGAGAAGGUGGGUCUCACUUGAAGCUAAGCUAGCACGGAUUAGGAAUUUGGGAGGAGGCUCUCCAUUCUCCGGUGGCGGCUACAGUAACGGCUACUCCCACCAUCCCACGACGGAGAAGCCCCACCGGCAACGGAGGGGUGGACGCCGUCCCCGUGACGGCAGGGACGGCGGCGCAGGGGGCGGUGGCUGGGCUAGGGCUUCAGAGCCUGAGAGGCGGCCUUGUACGGACUUCGAUAAGGCAUACUUUCAAUCGUAUUCUCACGUCGGCAUUCACGAGGAGAUGAUCAAGGACCGUGUGCGGACUGAAACAUAUAAGGCAGCAAUCACACAGCAUCAGAAUUCUAUUGCUGGCAAAGUUGUAGUGGAUGUUGGCUGUGGCACAGGCAUUCUUUCCAUAUUUUGUGCUCAAGUUGGUGCAAAAAGAGUAUAUGCUGUGGAUGCAAGUGAGAUUGCGAUUCAGGCAAGUGCAGUUGUCAAAGCAAAUAACCUAUCUGACACGGUCAUUGUUUUGCAUGGACGAGUUGAGGAUGUUGAAAUUGAUGAAGGGGUUGAUGUUAUAAUUUCAGAGUGGAUGGGUUACAUGCUGCUGUAUGAGAGCAUGCUGGAAAGUGUCAUUACCGCUCGAGAUCGCUGGCUAAAACCUGGAGGUCUUAUUCUUCCUUCAAGUGCAACGUUGUACAUGGCACCUGUCACACACACUGACAGAUACAGAGACAGCAUUGAUUUCUGGCGCAAUGUAUAUGGAAUUGAUAUGUCUGCCAUGCUGGCAUUAGCAAAACAGUGUGCAUUUGAAGAGCCGUCUGUAGAGACAAUAUCGGGUGAAAAUGUAUUAACAUGGCCACAUGUGGUAAAGCAGGUAGAUUGCUAUGCGGUCACGAUUGAUGAGCUAAAAUCUGUUGCAACAAGAUAUAGGUUUAAAUCAAUGAUGCGAGCUCCACUGCAUGGGUUUGCUUUCUGGUUUGACGUUGAAUUCAAUGGGCCUGCAAUUUUUCCUACCAGUACUGAUUCUCCAUCCUUGUUUAUUGGAUCUUCAAGCAAUAAUCCUGUAGAUGGUAGUCAGAGAAAGAAACGGUCAAACCCCAAUGAAGCCCUUGUGCUGUCCACAGCACCUGAGGAUCCUCCAACACAUUGGCAACAGACACUGAUAUACUUAUACGAACCAGUGGACCUGGAGCAAGACCAACUCAUCGAAGGCUCUGUAACCCUAUCACAAAGCAAAGAAAACCCUCGAUUCAUGAAUAUACGCCUUGAAUAUGCUGCUGGGGGCCGAGCAUUUGUAAAAGAGUCAGUGAUGCGAUGAUCCUUGUGUGAAUUUGCCCCAGUGUUUUCUGUUUCAGCUUCAUAAAAUGAAGCACCAUGAUGAGCUUUUCCUGCGCUCUGCAAUCCUUGUAGAAUCUACUUCUUCUACUGAACUCUCCCAGGUGACAAUUUCUGAGGGUGGACUUGUGGAAUUUCACCACAUUCAUCUUACAGGGCCUUGGUAAGAUGAGGUUAUUGAUUCUGCUAAUCACAUAUACAAAUAUAAGUAGCACACAGGUGAAUCAAUUUAGAAAAAUUUUGUCAUUAACACCCAUCGCCAGUUCUUAAAUCUGUUGUUAUGAUGUUGUUUGUUUAGGACAUGUUUAGAUUGUGAUGUUGUACUAAUCAAACUAUUACACCUGUGAUUUGUUUGGAAAACAGUAAGGAAAUUGAAGAUACAUGACUUUUCAUCUACUCAAACUUGUGAAUUUACUUGUCAUUGAGGAUGGAUUGUAUGAAUAUUUGAGUGCUGAUGAAGUGGUUGUUCUUGGCUUUUCUUGAGAAACGAACAACUCUUUACUAUUCUGGUUCUUUUGGGUGGAUAGGGUCAAAGUUAAACUGGUUCAGAAUCUGAUGAGCUGGGGUUUGGGGUACCGCUCAACUGCUGGUGCAGCAGGCAGGUUGGUGGCUUCGUGGUAUAAUUGUCCCAGAUUGUGCCCCUUGAACAUCGUGCUACCCGAAAUCGGGCCAAUGAGCUUCUUUUUCUUUUGAGAUUUUUCUAUGGUAUUGAAAAGUUACUUACCUAUAUUUCUAGUGUUGCCUUUUAGUGAUUUACAGAAAAAUGCACGCAAUUAUAGAUCACCACAUUAUCAAAGAAAGGUCUGAUUACCUUAUUACAGGUUGAGAAUGUUGGUGUUGUUUUAUAUCUAGGUCUCAUUUCUUUCUUCUUGGUCACAUAUUUCGAAUAUCUUUGCUUUGUAUCUUAUUCAAUGGUAUCGCUCAGGAUUUUGAUUUUAUUUGACGCUAAAGCCUUCUGGUUUC